CCUCUGUUUCCCACUUUUCCUUAUUUUCCUCCGUGAGCCGCAUCUCGUCGUUCCUGCAUCUCGCUGGCGAUCGACCGCCCCAGCCCCUCGUCGUCUUCCUCCUCGCGCGAGCGCCGCCGCCCCUCCCUCCUUGCGGCCCAUCUCGCUGCCGAGCGCCCCAGCCUCCUUGCGUGAGCGCAGCCACCGCCGGUUGAUCUCCCCUUCGAUUCUCUCGCUCCCCACCGUUUCUCCUCCCAUCACCCCCACGACCCGAUUCCGCCCUUUAGCUCCCGUUCCAUCUCCUUAAUCUUCCCCAAUUCGUAACCGAGGCAAAAGUUAAGGUAGGGCGGCCCUACGCCCGUGAUGUCGGCGCUGUUCAACUUCAACUCGUUCCUGAUUGUGGUGCUGCUAGUGAUCUGCACCUGCACCUACAUCAAGAUGCAGUUCCCUGCCAUCCUCAACGAUCGUACUGGAUUCCGUGGUUUCUUUUGGAAAGCAGCCCGAAUAGGUGAACGUUUGAGCCCUUGGGUAGCAUUUGGGUGUUUCGCUAUGGGGGUGUCCACUAUCUUCUUCUGAAGGCCAGAACAAUCAUAUCCCUGGUUUCAAUCUAGGUUGCAGAAGUUCUUUAUAGGAAAGAACCAUGUGAAGUUGCAUUUCCUAGAGAAGCUUUUUUCUUCUGUUUAGUUGGGAUGGAGAGAGGCACUGUUGUCGCAAGAGUGGCAUGUCGCUACCAAACAUUCAUGUUACGUGAUUGCACUCUGGCUGGCACCCCUGGGGAAAGACAGAAAUGGUAAUAUGAUUGUACCGUUCCAUGGUAUGUGUUGAAAAUGGUCGACUAAUGAUCAUGUAAUAUGGAAGGCUCAUUGGGCCGUGCAAAACCAAUUCUGUUUUUUCUUUUCUGAACCGUGUCC